AUGGCACGACGAGGAGCGGCCGCGGUCGCCAUCGCCGGCCUCUGGCUGCAUGGAGCCGAAGCAAUCCUGCCAUCCGGCGUGCUCUCGAUCUCGCGCUUUGGCGUGAAUGCGACGCUGAACAUGCUCGUGUCGCCCAGCCACGACACGGGCUGGGGCCCACCGCUGCCGCAGGAACACGACCGCAACGGCUCACAGCGACACGUCUUGGCCGACGCCGGUGACGCGUGCAGCGCCCUCUCGCGCGCACUUUACGUCGACAAGAUCGUGGUGGCACACCGGGGCAACUGCUCAUUCCUGGAAAAGGCCAAGAUUGCGCAGAGCGCCGGGGCAGCGGGGCUCAUCGUCCGCAACACGCGCGAGGCGGUGUACCUUCUCGACCGCAAUCGCACGACGCCAGCUGGCAACUUCUCAAGUGACGCGCCGAUGCCGGCGUUUGCGACCGACUGCUCGCGCGGCGAAGGCUACGUCCCGUAUCUCGACCCGAUCGCACCGUGGCUCGUGCAAAGCGAUGUCUGCUCCAAGCAGCCCGGCUGCACAUCGCGCAUCUGUCUUCCGACCGGGCACCGAAACGAAUCGUCAUAUCAAGUGUGCUGCAUGUGGGACACGCACUUGCUCAUGGGCGCCAACUACACGGAGGCCGACGCCGCGCACUUGCAGCUGCCCAUCGUCUUUGCCACCGUCACAGAAGGCGAGACGCUCACUGCGCUCCUCGCGACAUCCCCGUCUCCGGCCGGAACCCUCUACGCACGGUACAUUCCCUUAUUUAAUCUUGCUUCGAUCGCGCUCUGGGCGAUCGGCGUCGCCACCGCGAUUGGCGGGUCCUACUACGCAGCACGUGCCGACCGCGCGCGCCUCCGCCAGCACAAGCCCCACGCCGACCCGACGCGCAAGGCGUACGACGACGAGGAUGAUGACGAAGCUGACGUCCUCCAUCUCUCGUUCCAGCACGCGAUUGGUUUCAUCGUCGUCGCUGGUUGCUUUCUCACGUUUCUCUACUUUGUGCACGUCGGGCCUCUGCUGUCGCUCUUCUUCGGCCUCUCGUCCAUUAGCACAACAACGCUGCUGCUGACGCUGCCGAUGACCAAGCGACUCUGCCCGUGCAUGUCGUCCUGGCAUCUUCGCCUGCCACUGGUCGGCACCAUCACGAUCCACGAGGUCCUCGCUCUCAGCGUCAGCACGAGCCUCGUCGUCGCGUGGUUUCUGCAUCGCGACGCCCUCUGGAGUCUCCAAGAUCUCUUUGGCAUUGCGCUCUGCUUUGUGUUCCUCAAGACGAUCCGGUUGCCCAACCUCAAGAUUGGCGCGCUCCUCCUUCUCCUUGCUUUUGCCUACGACAUUUUUUUCGUGUUUGUAAGUCCGCUCCUCUUUGGCCGCAGUGUCAUGGUCGACGUGGCCACCGGUGGCCCGCCCGCCGCGGCUCGCGACGGGUACCCCGGGCGCGACUACUGCGAGCGGUACCCAACCUACCCGCGCUGCGUCGACCCGGACCCACUCCCGAUGCUGCUCGUCUUCCCGCGCGUCGGCGACUGGCGUGACGGCCGCGCGAUGCUCGGUCUUGGAGACAUUGUACUUCCGGGCCUGCUCCUGACGUUCGCACUGCGCUUUGACUAUACGCGCCGCGUGCACUUGAAGCGCAAGACCAAUAGCGCCAAUGUCUUCUUUGGCAUCGCGGCCACCGGGUACGCAUUGGGGCUCGGCAUCACGAACGUUGCGGUUGUGCUCAUGAACAUGGGCCAACCCGCGCUGUUGUACCUCGUGCCAUGCACGCUCGGCAGCGUCGCCGUCGCUGCGCAUGCCACUGGCGACCUCCCGCACAUGUGGCACGACGGCUUGUACGAGGUCGAGCCCAUGGCGCCGAUCGUGGGCGGGUCGCCGGUCGACUACGAGGCGGGCGACGAGGCGCCGCUCCUUGACGAUGCGUAG